AAAUGCUUUCACGCUUCUGCACUUCCGUGGAAUUACAGCACCUUCUACAUCUCGCAACUUUUGCACAUAAGAUGCCUCGUGUUUCGUAGAUACGCAACGGCCGCCUUGAUCAAUUCCACCUGCCGAAUCUUGCAACUUCGAGAAGAGCCCAAGUGCAAGCGAGCUCACGGACUGCCUGCUUCAUUCAACGGCGAACCAUGCUGCUAGUCUCAUGCCUCUCUGCCCUUCUUACCAUCGGAACAUGCGCAACGUGAGCGUGUGCGACUAAAUGUGGCGAUGAAGUCGAGAAAACAUUCGCACCUAGAGCGGAGGCGAACUGAAAGAGAAAGUGAACAGCGAAAAGGUCGCCAGAGCCGGCACAUCCCACAACCAUUCGUGCGUUGUUCCUCUGUGCUAGGGACGACUCCAACGAAUGGCUCAGUACCUUGACUUGGAGUUUCCUACGCUUGCUCCUCCCAGUUCGUCAGCCUGCUCCUCUUCCGCCCCUGCUGUUCCCAGCCCGCGUGUUGAGAACCUUGCGUCAAACUCGCACUCCGAAUGGCAAACACACCAUGUAGUAGCCGAGUCGCCCUCGAUCAUCAGCCUUCCGACAUCUACUCCUUCAGGUCCUUCACAGCUGAACUUAGCUUCGAGACUCAAUGGCACCCUGUUCGUUCCCAUCAUCGCUUCGAAUUCUGAGGGUGAAAUCUGCGCUUCAGAGUCCGAAACCGAUUCGUUGGAUGGCUCGCCAGUACACUUGAAAGAGCAAAGUGACGCCAUACAGGCUUUGCUAAACCGCAAUUUGACCGGCGAAAGCACAUUCGACCGUGGAGACAUUGGUCUGCUGCACUUGGAUCGCGCCGUGUUCGAGAACAAUUUAUUGGGUGUCAUGAAGGAACACAUUGAACGUGCCGGGCCGCUUCUUGCGGGGCCUAUUCCGCCAAGGAGACGCUCCGCAAGUGGCAGUGACGAGGCUCAAACUUGGAAGUCAACGUUUACGCUUAAAUCGUCGUUAAGCAUGUCUGGCGCGAGCAAGGAAGUAGAAAAGAUCAAAAACUCGGCGGCGUUCAUAUACACCGUCAAUUUGGCUCCAACGGGUAGCGAUGUGUGGCCAGACAUACGUGAUCCAUCGAAGGCUCCUGCAAGAUACUCUCCGAUCUCACUCGAAUACCCCUCUGCGUGGUCUGGGUCUCAAGCGCGAAUAUUUACGUGGAAGAUAAAAUAUGCACAAUGUGAUGGUGGCGGCAAGCUGAACGACGAGAUCAGCACGAAACUGAUUUGGCCGAUGAAAGCGCUGCCAAGCGAAAUCUACUAUCUAAUUGCGGACUCGCUCUCCCGCGACGACAUCAAGGCCAUGCGUUUAACUUGCAAAGAAUUCGAACACCAAAUAUCAAGCCUUCUCUUCAAAACAGUCGUCGUGCCCUUCAACACAGAAAUAUACGGCAUGUUAAAUGACAUAGCGUCGAUCAAGAACAGAGUAAAGUCAAGCGGCAAGGGCAAAGCUAAAGCAACUAUGCCACCCUCGUUAGCUUUCUGGGAAAACUCCAGAGACGAGGACAUCUACACAGGUCACGGUAUCGAUGUAUUUAGAAGCUUUGGUUCGCGAAUAAGGCGCUUUGGCAUGUGCUUCGAAGUGCGUGAGGAAGUACUUGCGGAUCCUCCGCUGAAAGGAAUGCGCGAAGAUCAUAAAAGCUACUGGGGCGUCUACCAGUGGCCGUAUCCUGAAUACAGACGAUUUGAUCAGGUGGCGGGUUUGGAGGACGCUGCGGACGAGACUCCAAAGAUGAAGACUGCGUUUUCAUUUCUUACUGAGGUGCAAGAACUCGCUUUGAGCCUCGAUGCGGGCUUGGGAUGGCUUUCUGGUCCAGAUCGCAGCAUAAGGUCUAGAGUUCUCGGCUCGCGACGUCCAAUCUUUGGCGCUGCUAAGCCAAUCCGUGAUCGAUGUCAGGAGGCGAGGCAUGCAUUGUGGCAAUACCUCAAUGAAUGGGCUUCAAGGAAUGCAAAUGUUGAGCUGAAGCACUGCACAAUAGCCGCAAUGAAGUUCGAUGGACUAAUGUCGCAAAACUCGAACCCGCUAGGGAACCUGGAUUCUAUUUGCGAGUCAGAAUUACCCUUCAUGGACAUGCAUGAUUUGACUGACCCGACUGUCGAAGUACUUCCUUUCUUCCCAGAUCUCUCUCCACAAUCCAAAAUUGGCUCGUCUCUCGCUGCUGAUGCCGUGACGAUGGAUGGACAGCAUUCAAACAACAAUGCCUUCGAGAAAUCCAAGUCGAAUCCCCAACCUUUAGAGAGUGGUGUUUUUUUUGUCCAAGAAGAUAGUCUUGAUCCCGACCGCCUUGAGCGUCACCCAAUCAUCCCAGCAGAACUUUCCAAGCUACAGAAAGAAUGGCUUCUGGAGACAGAAUGGGCACAGCGUGCUUUCCUCUCCUCGUGGCUGAUAGCCGUGGUGGACAAUCAGCACGCGUUUAAGCAUGUCCACACCCUCAACUUCUCCAGCAUUUCAAGUCGCUUUCUGCUCUCGCUGUGCCGGGAGGAUUUUUGGCGUGCGUUGCCACAGCUAGAGAAUGUUGCAAUUAGCGUAAUUCCCGACUACAGAGACGUUGUCAAGGACAGUGCUGGCUUCGUAAACGCGCCAUGUAUCUCACUUGCCUCUGCUGUCUGGUUAUUGCACAAGUUAUUGGCAGAGAUGAUUGCCUUACGAUCAACCAUCAAGUCACUCACCGUCGGUUGGGCAAGUGGUGGUGAGUUGGCGCAAGGACUUAUGGCUCGAAACAAGAAUCUUAUGCCUGCCCCGGGUCUCCCGCCGGAGUGGCUUCGGAGUGCUGAGAGUCUCGCAAACAAGCAGCUUUUAGAGGAUCGCUUUCUCAAAUUUCCACACCUUAGGGAGCUCAAGCUUAAGAAUUGCUGGCUUUCGCCACAUGCGCUAGUUCACCUUGUUCAAGAACAUCCAGCACUUGAGCGGCUUUGUCUCGAAUCCGUCAGCUUGACAGCUGAGCUGAUACAUAGCCCUGCCCAAAACGCUGGGCAACUUAUGGCUGCGGCUCCGCAAAUACAAGCUCCGCUUAUAUCACAAAACAAUAUUCCUCUCCACGGUGGAUAUAUUGGACUCCCGAACAGUCAGCACUUACCCCAAGCCGCAUUCGUACAAUCUGCUCAAGGUUCGAGCAAUCCAGCUUUUGUCCCAGGCCCUCAUCAAGUCCCCCCAGAGCAGCCAAAUUUUGCAAACCGCGACUGGUUGUCCCCGCGGAUUGGAUCAUGGCCUCAUGUUCUGGAUUCGAUCUCGCCUGGCGUCACGCUUGCAGCGUCAGGAAGCACAAUGAGUCCUAUGAAUAUUCCUUCAUCAGUGCCAAAUCACGCUCUCCAUACACUAUCUCUUAGAUCAUGUGGCUACUGUCGUCUCAACAAUUCACGUCUGGAUGAGUCCUCAAUUCCCGUUCCUACCUACGAGGGUGGCUCCGGGUGGUUUCAGCGCAGGUCCGCUGCCUUGAGCAAGCUCAUGCUCGUCGCUAAAGGAUACAUCACGGCGGACAUCGUUCAAGCCCUUCCUCGAAAUGAAGAACACGCACUCACAAUGGGCUUUGAACUGAGUUUGGGCUGGCCGGCCGAAUGGGCAGACGAAGUAGACGCUCCUUUGUACGAUGCUUGCCUGGCGGGUGGGAGCGGGAGAUUCCACGGGAUUAUCACUAGAGAUUCUCGGAUAAAAAUCGCACCAAAAUAGCUGCUGAGGGUACUGUAUGUAUUUCUGCAGAUGUUUAAAUUGUCUUGUUCGAUACUUGAAAAGUGAUGAUGACGAGACCAAAAUCUGAAUCCG